AUGGAUCCAGAUUGCAUAGCUGAAACAGUCUAUACAUGCUAUAAAAACAACUUGGAUAAAAAUUUAAAACCAUGUAUACGCUCAAAUGGAAUAAAGGAAUGGACUGUAUUAGCCGGUAUUGUUGCGUAUGAUUCAGCUUCAGAUGCCUAUAUUCCUGUAUCAAUUGCCACAGGUGUUAAGGCCACAGCCAAUUCGCAAUUACAAAGAAGUAAUGGCAGAAUCUUACACGAUUGCCAUGCCGAAAUUUUGGCACUAAGGGGUUUCAACACUGUGUUACUGAUGCAAAUCAAUAACAAGAAUGGAUACUUAUUGGAACCUACAGAGCAAGUGGAGCCAGGUGCGAAAUUGUAUAGAAAGUUUCGCAUCAAAGAUACUUUGAAAUUUGCGCUGUAUAUAUCACAAUUGCCUUGCGGCGAUUGUAGUAUGGAAGAAGAAGGAAAAGAAGAAGAAGAAGGGGCAAACACGGAGACUAUAGACAUUAUACGGGACUUUACUGAUGAUAAUGUACUGCAGUAUGUCAAUGCUGAUAUCAAAACGAUUCUUAGAGGAAGAUUCAAUUAUAAAAAAAAAAAUGUUGUUAGAACCAAACCAGGAAGAGCUGACUCCAAAAUUACGUAUUCUAAGUCUUGCAGCGAUAAGUUAUGUUUAAAACAAGUUUUAUCAAUUUGUAAUGCCCUCACCUACUUUUAUUUGGAAAGUCCCGUAUAUCUUGAUUCCAUCAUAGUACCGAACUUAACACCUAGAAAUGUACAAGAAUUGAAAAGAAGUUUCCGUCGAUUGAGUAGUAUAGACACCUUUCAUCCUAUAGAUUUUCAAUCCACUACAAAAUGUUUUAUUAAUCGUAAAAUGAAAAGUGACGAAGAGGCUAGUCUUAUGUGCAGCUGUGUUUUGAAUAUCGACAACAACCAAUGCUUUAUUCAAGAUGGUAUACUAAAUGGUGUUAGAAACGGAUAUUACACUAGGGGCAAAAGGCCUUUAAGGAAAAAUUGUGAAUCAAUUCUUUCGAGAUAUCACCAAUGGCAGAAGCUUUUUAAUGACCAUGAAACCAAGGAAACAUAUAAAUCUUACUUGUCAUUUAAACUAUCUUUAAAUAAAAGGUGCGUGUUGAGAAAUGAGGCACGAAAUAUUUUAUCUUCUGAUGGAUGGAUAGAAACUUUUAUGGAUGAUUGCUAG